AUGUCGGAGGCGGCGGUGGCGGACACCCGGCGCCUGAACGCCAAGCCGCAGGACCUGACGGACGCGUACGGGCCGCCCAGCAACUUCCUCGAGAUCGACAUCUUCAACCCGCAGACCGUGGGCAUGGGCCGCGCCAGAUACACUAGCUACGAGCUCCGGAUGAGGACAAACCUCCCAAUCUUCAAAUUGAAGGAGUCAUGUGUGAGGAGACGAUACAGUGACUUUGAAUGGCUGAAGAAUGAGCUGGAACGAGACAGUAAGAUUGUAGUGCCCCCACUGCCUGGAAAAGCUUUGAAACGACAGCUUCCCUUCCGAGGAGACGAAGGCAUCUUUGAGGAGUCCUUCAUUGAAGAGCGGAGACAGGGACUAGAACAGUUUAUUAACAAAAUUGCUGGACACCCACUGGCACAGAACGAGCGCUGCUUACAUAUGUUCCUGCAAGAGGAGACUAUUGAUAGGAAUUACGUCCCAGGGAAAGUGCGCCAGUAGGAGCACAUGGCACUGUCUUCCUCCAUUCCACCCUCCCUCCUGCAAAAAUGACAUUUAUUUUUACACUAAAUCUGUCUUCUCUGAA